AAGAUUAUUAAAGACCACGUAUAAUUUAAGAAUGAACUAAACAAAAGUUGUCAGUACAGAGGGGUCCCGAACAUUUCUGCUAAUAAUAAACUCCUAAAUAAAAUAAUCCAGGCUUUCCUUCCACACUCCAAAAGAAAAAGACUAAGCAAAAUAAAUUUGUCUCUCACCGUCCAUAAGUAGUGAAGUUAAAGCUUGUGUACCACCUUUUCAUUUUGUUGCUGAAGAGGCCAUUUUUCAGGUACCCAACACGUUAGAUCUCAAGCUCUGUUGCCUUCAAAGCAAGCUUUCUAAUAAGUACUUCUUGUUUUUUUCCUCUAACCAUAAUGUAUUAAACUAUUAAUACAUGCUCUUAGCUGUAAUUAAUCUUUCUUUAAUCUCACUCAAUGCCCUUCGAACAAACGCAACACGUUCUUUCUGAACUUUCUUUUUCUUCUUCUCUUUCUGUUACUGUACCAGUCAAAAACAAUUUUCUUGUUGGGUUACAACCUCAUUUUCACAUGAAAAUUGCACCUCUAGUUAAAUUGGUUCACUUUGCAACAAAAUAAUAAUUAUAAAAAAAAAAGAAGGUUUUUCCACACCUUGUGAUACUGUUUUGUUCAAAAUCCAUUCUUGUAAAAUUUAGGUUGGAGUUAAAGAUCAAUCUACUUGGUAAAAAAUAUGUCCUUUUUUCUUUUGGUAAAUGGAUUUUCCUUGUGAUCAUAAACCAAGACUCUUCUUCUUUUUGCUUGUUUAAAACCCCUUUCCAAUUUAUUUUACCUUUUUCCACAUUUUAAUGGGUCACGGUAGUACUUUUGUGGAGGUGUAGCCACGACUUAAAGUUUAUGGAUUCAAGAUUUUAAUACUUUUAAGCUAUUGAAUUUUAAAUUAAUAAUUUAUAAUUAUUCAAUGAAUUUCUUAAGAUAAAUAUAAGAUUUGCAUUAAAGUUAUUGAGUUUAGCCGAACGCAUGAUUAAGUGCUAGCUCCGCCACUGAACUUGUGCAUAAGCAUUUAAGUUAUAUACACUUACCUUUUUUUUCACUAUAGUGAACUUUAAACUGUAUUUAUUUAAUAAUAACCUGAUUGUGUAAAUGCAUCAUCCGUAACAUUAACCGUGCAAUGAACUUUAACUCUAGCAGAAAAGGUUUGUAAGAGUAUUAAACCAUUCUUUCAAAAUUGAAACUUGAUUGAGAGGGGGUGGUCAGAAACCAGUCCAAGUGUAAAGUUUCUGUCUUUGCUGAAGGGAAAAGGCAGAAAGAGAUGGUGGAAUUAUCUUGUUAGUUACUGAAAGGUCCCUCUUAAAAACGUGUUGAACAUUCUGAAUCAGACUUUAAAUCUUACAUUUGGCACUUUACUUAGUUUUUGAGAGUCCAUUGGCUUACACCCCUUAGUCUCUUUUCCAUUAUAUAAAGCGGUAUUUCCACGUCUUUGAACCAUCACUGAAGCUCUUCGACUCCCUUUUCUUCUUGAUAUUUUCCUUUUCUAAAAGCUGUUUGGAAUUCCUUGAGGUAACUUUUAUUGAAGUAGUCUAUAGUUCUUGUUUCAAAUUGCCUGAGGUUUCAUAUUGCAGGGAAAAAAUGGUGAAGAUUUGUUGCAUUGGAGCUGGAUAUGUUGGUGGACCGACGAUGGCAGUCAUUGCCCUCAAAUGCCCCUCAAUUGAAGUAGCUGUUAUUGAUAUCUCUGUUGCUCGAAUUGCAGCAUGGAAUAGUGAUCAGCUGCCUAUCUAUGAGCCUGGCCUUGAUGAUGUGGUGAAGCAACGCCGAGGAAAGAACCUUUUCUUUAGUACUGAAGUAGAGAAACAUGUCUCAGAAGCAGACAUCAUCUUUGUUUCUGUUAACACCCCAACGAAAACUCGAGGACUUGGAGCUGGAAAAGCUGCAGACCUUACCUACUGGGAGAGUGCUGCUCGAAUGAUAGCAGACGUAUCCAAGAACGAUAAGAUUGUUGUGGAGAAAUCAACUGUUCCUGUGAAAACAGCUGAGGCAAUUGAGAAAAUACUCACUCAUAAUAGCAAGGGAAUUAACUAUCAAAUCCUUUCAAAUCCAGAAUUUCUUGCUGAGGGAACUGCAAUUCAGGAUCUUUUUAAUCCAGACCGCGUUCUAAUUGGAGGAAGAGAUACCCCUGAAGGGCAAAAGGCGAUCCGCACCCUCAAACAAGUUUAUGCGCAUUGGGUGCCUGAAGACAGAAUCAUCUGCACCAAUCUUUGGUCAGCCGAGCUCUCAAAGCUCGCUGCCAACGCCUUCUUGGCUCAGAGGAUUUCAUCUGUUAAUGCAAUGUCAGCACUUUGUGAAGCUACUGGGGCUGAUGUUACACAAGUUUCCAACGCUGUUGGUAAGGACACCCGAAUUGGACCAAAAUUCCUCAAUGCCAGUGUUGGUUUUGGUGGUUCUUGUUUCCAGAAGGAUAUCCUCAACUUGGUUUACAUAUGUGAAUGUAAUGGCCUAAAAGAAGUUGCCAAUUACUGGAAGCAAGUGAUCAAGGUGAACGAUUACCAGAAGAAUCGGUUUGUUAACCGAAUGGUCUCCUCAAUGUUUAACACAGUUUCUGGAAAGAAGGUUGCCAUUCUUGGAUUUGCCUUCAAGAAAGACACAGGUGAUACUAGGGAAACUCCUGCAAUUGAUGUGUGUAAAGGCUUGUUGGGAGACAAUGCUCACUUGAGUAUAUAUGAUCCACAAGUUACUGAGGAUCAAAUAACAAAGGAUCUGUCAAUGAAAAAGUUUGAUUGGGAUCAUCCAACUCACCUGCAGCCAAUGAGCCCUUGUGCAGUGAAGCAGGUUAACGUCGUGUGGGAUGCUUAUGAGGCAACAAAAGACGCCCACGGUCUCUGCAUUCUCACUGAGUGGGAUGAGUUCAAAACGCUUGAUUUCAAGAAGAUUUAUGAUAACAUGCAAAAACCUGCAUUCGUGUUUGAUGGGAGGAAUGUUGUUGACGCGGAGAAGCUCAGAGAAAUCGGGUUCAUUGUCUACUCCAUUGGGAAACCUUUGGAUGCAUGGCUCAAGGAUAUGCCAGCUGUGGCAUAAGAAACCUCAGGUUGCCUUCCCCUGGUUUAAGCACUAGGAAUGAGAGGAAGAUCCAAUUCUUUCAUUUUUUAAAUUACUAUGGUUCAAAAUACGUCUCUCUUUUUCUUUUCUUUCAGUUUAAACAUCAGCUUCCUGGAUCAUGAUGUUAAUCCCUUGUACUACAAUAACUAAUUUGCCUUGUUUUGAUUA